GACUGGAAUGAUGUUAGAAAACACAAAUAUGGUCACCUUUCAGAGUCUGCAUCCCAAUAUCAAGAAGCUACUGACAUCCUGGAACUAGGUCAUUUUACCUGGGACAAAUACCUAAAAGAAACAUGUUCAGUCCCAGCGCCUGUCCAUUGCUUCAAGCAGUCCUACACACCUCCAAGCAACGAGUUCAAGAUCAGCAUGAAAUUGGAAGCACAGGACCCCAGGAACACCACAUCCACAUGUAUUGCCACAGUAGUUGGACUGACAGGUGCCCGCCUCCGCCUUCGCCUUGAUGGCAGUGACAACAAGAAUGACUUCUGGCGGCUGGUUGACUCAGCUGAAAUCCAGCCUAUUGGGAACUGUGAGAAGAAUGGGGGUAUGCUGCAGCCCCCUCUGGGAUUUCGGCUGAAUGCCUCCUCUUGGCCCAUGUUCCUUUUGAAGACACUAAAUGGAGCAGAGAUGGCUCCCAUCAGGAUUUUCCACAAGGAACCACCAUCGCCUUCCCACAACUUCUUCAAAAUGGGAAUGAAGCUAGAAGCUGUGGACAGGAAGAACCCUCAUUUCAUUUGCCCAGCCACUAUUGGGGAGGUGCGGGGCUCAGAGGUGCUUGUCACCUUUGACGGGUGGCGAGGGGCCUUUGACUACUGGUGCCGCUUCGACUCCCGGGACAUCUUCCCUGUGGGCUGGUGCUCCUUGACCGGAGACAACCUGCAGCCGCCUGGCACAAAAGUUGUGAUUCCAAAGAAUCCCUAUCCUGCAUCUGAUGUGAACACUGAGAAGCCCAGCAUCCACAGCAGCACCAAAACUGUCUUGGACCAUCAACCAGGGCAGAGGGGGCGUAAACCAGGAAAGAAGCGGGGCCGGACACCCAAGCCCCUAAUUCCCCACCCCAUCUCUACCCCAUCCAAGUCAGCUGAACCUUUGAAAUUCCCAAAGAAGAGGGGUCCCAAACCUGGCAGUAAGAGGAAGCCUCGGACUUUGCUGAACCCACCACCCACCUCACCAACAACCAGCACCCCUGAACCGGAUACCAGCACUGUACCCCAAGAUGCUGCCACCAUCCCCAGCUCAGCCAUGCAGGCCCCCACAGUUUGUAUUUACUUGAACAAGAAUGGCAGCCCAGGCCCCCACUUAGAUAAGAAGAAGGUCCAGCUGCUCCCUGACCAUUUUGGGCCAGCCCGCGCCUCCGUGGUGCUGCAGCAGGCUGUCCAGGCUUGCAUCGACUGUGCGUACCAUCAGAAAACCGUCUUCAGCUUCCUGAAACAGGGCCACGGCGGUGAAGUGAUCUCAGCCGUGUUUGACCGUGAACAGCACACUCUCAACCUCCCAGCCGUCAACAGCAUCACCUACGUCCUGCGCUUCCUGGAGAAACUCUGCCACAACCUUCGCAGUGACAAUCUGUUUGGCAACCAGCCCUUUCCACAGGCUCCCUUGCCACUCACCGCCCCCGGCUACGGCCACAGCCACGACAGGUACCUACCAGGUGAAAGCUUUGUCCUGGGGAAUAGUCUGACCCGGUCUUUGGAGCCACACUCAGACUCAAUGGACUCUACCUUGAAUCCCACCAACCUUGUCAGCAGCUCCCAAAACCUUCGAACCCACGGGUACCGGCCGUUGGUUCCAUCCUGUGGCCUCCCGCUGAGUACCGCCUCAGCUGUGAGGAGGCUGUGCUCCGGGGGGUCGGACCGAUACCUGGAAAGCCGGGAUGCCUCUCGACUGAGUGGCCGGGACCCCUCCUCAUGGACAGUGGAGGACGUGAUGCAGUUUGUCCGGGAAGCUGAUCCUCAGCUUGGACCCCACGCUGACCUCUUUCGAAAACACGAGAUUGACGGCAAGGCCCUGCUCCUGCUGCGCAGCGACAUGAUGAUGAAGUACAUGGGGCUGAAGCUGGGGCCCGCGCUCAAGCUCUCCUUCCACAUUGACCGGCUGAAGCAGGGCAAGUUCUGA